ACAGCUGAGACCUGCUGCAGCUGUUCUUAGUUUUGAACCCAGAGGAGAGGAUCGGGACUCCCAAGACCAGAACCUCGGGUCUACAAGCUCAGCUGGCUCCGGUAUCUGAUGUGAUCCCACCCCCCACACCCCCUCCCGUAGGCACGCACAUCUGGUCUCAUAUUUGCUCCUGUUCUGUGAGGUCAUGACCAGACACUACCAUGCCUCAAGUGUCCUAACACUCCUGGUCCUCUUCAUAUUGGUAUCCUUUCUCCAUCUUUCCACACCCAACCCUCUCAGCACCCUCAGAGAGACUAACAACCUUCACAGAGAUACUCUUUAUGCAUUUCCAGAGUCUGGGAGCUCAGAGCAAAGGCAGGAGCAAAGACAAACAAUCCCAAAAGAACAAAAUGAGGAAGAAGAUGAGCUUUUUAAAGGUGUUGAUCCCAAAACUUUAGCAGCUGUUUUACUGGAGGCACUGAAUCACUCUUAUCCUCUGCAGGGGAGGGAUGAGGAGGAAGAGCAUGAUGGAGAAGAAGAGCUAAAGGCUGAGAGAGGGGAGGUUGAGACCUACAGUGAGAGAACAACCAGAGACAGAGAUGGAUGGCAGGAGUUAGAGAUGCUGAUUGCUUCUCAAGGUAAAGAGAGGGGAAUAGAAGAGGAAGAAGAAAGGAAGAAAGCUCUGGAAGAUGAGGAGAGAAUGACUGAAAAGGUGACCAGUCAUACAACAAGCCACACAAUCCAGAUUCAAACAGAGCAGCAGCCAGCUAGUUCAGAUGGAAAAGCUGGAAAUGGUGCUGCCACCCAGCAGGGAUCUUCCAGCCCUGAGCAAAAUAGCAAUGAAGAGGAGGAACAGCUGAACUCUGAGGAGCUAAAGAGUCUGGAGACUGUGAUGAAAGAGUUUCCUCGUUUGAACACUAAAAGAGGGGAUGAUGCUGAGCAAAAGCAAAGAGAGAGCAGAGCCUUCAGCAGCUACAAUGAAAUUACACCAAUCCAGAAAGGCAGUGACCUUGCCUUGUCCAAGAAAAAACUGAAGUGGCAGGAGGAGACUCAGAAGGCUCUCUACUUCCCAACAUUUGCAGAAGACAAUUCUAUAUAUGAACCUAUGGUCAGCAAAGCAACACAGUCCACAUCUUCAGCAGAGCAAGGGGGUAUUAUAGAUGAUAGCUCAGAGGAGGAAAAAGAAGAAGAGGUGCUGAGUCCGGAAGAGGAGGAAGCUCAGGCCAAAGUGGAACAGGAGGAAAUAAUGAGACAGGCAGAAGAAGCUCAAAAAGCCAAAAUAGAGGAAGAGAAGUUGGCUGACAUUGCUUCAGAUAUGUUACUGCGCUACAUGGUCAAACAAAAUGGGAACAAGAAAUACAGCCCAUCUYUAUCCAACGCUGCAGAGGACAAGAGAUCUAAUGAGGAACAGGAAGUGACAGAGGAGGAUGAUAUUGACCCUCAGACCAUCGACAAGCUGAUCGAGAUCUCCAGCAAGUUGCACCUCCCUGCCGAUGACGUAGUGGACAUCAUCACUGAUGUUGAGAAGAAGAAAAAGAAAGACAUGCAGUCUGAGACGUCGUCAACAUGGCACAGUCGCCCAUCGCCUCUGUCUUCCUCGUUUCGUUCUGGAUGGCAGGUUUCCAAUGAUCAGAACAGCUUCUCGUUCUCUAAGAAACCAUCUCCAGCUGUAAAUAUCCUUAAAACGUGGUUUCAGGAGAAAAACCUGCCAAAAUCUGGCAGUUUACAAAGAAAACUUUCAAAACCUUUCCUAGCCUAUCACAGAGUAUGGCCUGAGAAGUUUAUGCCCUUCAAGCAGGACCGCUUGCUCAAACCCCACAAGUAUCUGUGGAGAGUCUACCCCUAUCCCCAAUACACCUAUGCCUCCAACUAUCAAAGGAGGCCCUUUUCAGACUAUUACCCCUUCUACUUUACCUCUCUUCCCAGAACCAAACCUUAUUACUACAGAACCAGACCUUCUCUCACCUUCAACAGCUUCCCUGAGAAUACAGUAGAURACACUUUGACUUUCCCUCCCAAACGACGUUACCACAGCUGGAUCCAACCACAACUAAGAAAACCUCCCACACAUCUCCAACAAAAGUAUUACUUUAAAAACUACCAACCCCAAACACAUCCCCAGAUGUUUCAGCCAGCACCCAUCGCCCAAGCACGCACCCCACCUCAAACGGGGGUGAUCCAUUUUCAACCUAACCAGUUUUAUACAUCUACAGUGACAAAAAACAAAGAUUAUCCUGAGACAGAAAAGCAGCCAGAUGAUAACAUUCAUGAAGAUCUGGAGAAAUUCAUACAAAAAGUUGUCAUGAACAGACUGCAGGGGAUGGACUGAAUGAUGGAAGGAUGAAUGGAAUUAGGAAAGGAUGGACUGAACAAAGGAAGGUUGGACUGUAUCAAGGGAGAACGGACUGAACAAAGGGUAAGAGCAGAGGAUGGAGAGUGGCACUAGAGAAAAUGAGACAAAACAUAAAUGUGUUUGGUUGGAACAACAUAAUGUUCCCUGUUGGGACAUUUUAUUCCAGGAGAAUGCUUGUUAGAAAGUUGGUGAAGAUAUGUUGAAUGAAUCAUGUGUUUUGUUAGAUUCUGGCAACAUUAAACGAUCAAUGAUUUUCCAUGUUUAUACACACAAUGAUUGUAUCAGCAUGCAGGAAAACCUGAAACACUUUCUGUGGACUCAAAGUAAUUGGAAGUUAAGAACAUCUCUGUUACUGUUUCUGAUGCUGAAUUUCUGUUCAGACAGAGGAGCACAUGAUGACCACACACUUCUGAUUAUGUCAGAACACAUAAAAAUAAUAUGAGGUCUUAAAAUGAUGAAAACACAACCUCACAUGAACAAAACACUUGAUAUAACAAAUUGCAACAGCAUCUAUAGAACAUGACAGCCAUUCUGGGUUGUAAGAGUAGAGGUCAACCAAUGAGUUUUUCUAUGACUGAUGCUGAUCAUUAGAAAUUAUUAGAAAUUUGAGCAGCUAAUGGCAGAUAUAAAACACCAAUUUGUUUUUUGUUUUUUUUUUUUGGGGGGGGAGGCCAAUA